AUGAGUUCUCAGCAGUUUCCUCGAGCACCAUUGCCACCCUCUGGCAUUGCCCAAGGCCUGGCACAGGCUGGCAGCAGUAACCUUCUGCCAGGAAUUCAACCAGGUGGUGAAGAUGGCAGCAGAGAGGCGGAUCACCCUCAGGACCCCCUGCCCACUGGCAGUGCCGGCGGUGGAGCUUUACCAUUCCGUGAUGAUAAGCAGGAGGCGGUAGUUGUCAGGCCCUAUCCUCAAGUCCAGACUCUGAGCCAACCGCAAGCCUUGCCCCAGCAUGUGCCUAUCCAGCCAAGCCCCAUGGUGACUGUGGCAGCUCCGCCAGCCCAUCUGGCACAGGCCCAACAGCCUGCCUUCAAUGAGGGGACAGUGAAGGCUGGCCUAAAGCCCCCGAUGCCCAGUCGGCUAAUUGCCCCAGCUCCCGCUGUCAGUCAGGGGCACAUUGCUGGACCAGCUAAGGUUCCUGGACACAUCACUGUUACCCUAGAGAGCAGCAUGGCUCCAGCGUCCAUCCCUGUCGCUACCAUCAGUGGUCAGCAGGUAGGUCCAUUUGCCUGUUGCUGUGUUUAUUCAGCUUUGGGGAGUGGUUCUAUUUUCCUCAUUGGGCAGGAAGUGGGGAGACUGGAUAUAUAA